AUGGGGGUUCAAUCCUCGGUGGGAGCAGGCCCGGCUCAAGGCCGUCAACAAGCUCCCCAUCCUGUCAAGGGCGAGCAGAAGAUCCUCGAUGCCCUUAGCGGCCUCGAGGAGGACAUUCUGCUAAACGACCUUGUGAGCGAGGACGCUCUAGUUAACGUCGGCCUGAGCUCGGCGCACCCUCAGGACAUUCCAAAAAUGGUAACGAAGGAUUCGGCCUUGUAUGCUCGGUUCCAGAAGAGGGCGGCCGAAGCUGGUGGGGCCCCUCUCGAGCCUAGGAAGAAAGCCAGGUCUUCAUCUGGCGCAGUUGCCGGGGCGAGGGCGGCUAGACCUGUUCGGAUGGAGGCUCCGAACCACGGUCAAGAGGGUAGGGGCCCUACGGGGGCUUUUACGCUUGCGUGUCCCGCCCCCAUCUCACAGCGGUCGGGUUGGGCACCUGCCCAACCCCAACUCCCCGGUCCCGAGCCGAGUAGCAGUCGGGGGGCUGCGGAGCCGCAUCCACCGAGCCCAGCAAGGCCCAGUUCUCCGGGCCCGUCGGGGGAUCAAGGCCACCAGGAGAGAGUACCUUAUGCUCCUGGUUGGGAAGUCUUCGAGGGCGAUUCGGCCCUGUAUAAACCUCAAACGGCGCGCGAAGUUCUUCGGGUCGCGCUGCUCCCGGCCGACCAGGCCAAGGUUCGGUCCAUGAGUUAUGGCGCCUUCAUGGAUACGACCAUCUGUUCUGCCAUCCGGCGGGGGCAGGAGGAAGCCGAGGCGAGGCGCCUCGCGUCCGAGGCCGAGCAAAAAGCGCUCCAAGCGAAGGUGGAGGCGGCCGAGGACGAGAUUCGGGCUCUGAACGCCGAGCUCGAGGAGGAGAAGGGCGCACAUGCCCUGGCCAGGUCAGAGCUGCGUGCUUCAGAGGCGCGUCUGGCCGAGGCCACUUCGGUGCUCGCUAUCCGCGAGCAGGAGGUGAAGGAGGUUCACCUCAAGGUCGAAGAGGAGGCGAAGAGGGCGAUCCAACUCUUCCGGAAAUCGGAAGAGUUUCAGGAACUGAUGGAGGAGGAGGCCGUGGAUGGGCUCGUUCGCGGUUCAAUGACUUCCGAAAUCAACUGA